GUAGUAUAUAUUAAUAUUGGAUGAAUACGUAUGUAUUAAUUUUGAUAAUUGGAGUUUAGAUCAAUGAGUGGUUUUUUCAAGUAAAAGCAACAAAAUGAAUAUGAAUGUAUAAAAUAUUGAAAUUCAUUUAGUUAAAACUCCAAAAAAGGUUUAGUAGUAAUAACUGGAAAAUAUUUCCACAAUAGAAGAAUUUGGAUUAAAAGAUUCUCCUUAAGUAUUCCAAAAUAAAUCAAUAUAAACAUAAAAGAAUGAAUAAAAAUUAGAAGAAAAAGUCAACAAAAUAAUAAGAAGAAUCAAAUUUGAUGAUGACUAACUAGUCAUAAAGAAGGAUUAAUCUAUUUUUCGAUAAAAAAGAACAACUAAUAAAGAGUACAAAGGUAUACUAUAAAAUAUAUAAAUUAGUUAAUUCUUCAUAUACAUUAGAUUUGAUUAAUUCAAUAGAAAUAAGAAGAGAUAAUGUAAUAAUUAAUAAAUUAGAGAAAAUAUCAACUCCAGAUGAGUAAAUAUAUUUUUUUAUUCUUUAGAUAAUAAUAAUAUUAGAAUAUCAGGAAUGAAUCAGUAACAUGUAGAUGCAAAAAAACUAAAUGUAUAAAGUAUUAUUGUGAAUGCUUUUAAUAUGGGUAAGAAUGUUCAUUCAAAUGUGAAUGCACUGGAUGUUGUAAUAAGUAAGCAAAAUAAUCAACUGGAAAAAAUCAAACGGUAAGUCCAACAAUAGAAUAUUAUGGAUGUAAAUGCUAAAAACAAAAGUAUAUUAUUUUAACGAUUUUUUUAGUUGUUCAAAGAAAUACUGUGAAUGUCUAAAGAGAAAUUAAAGAUGCACAGAUCAAUGCAAAUGCAUAGAAAAUUGUAGCAAUUAACUUCAUUAAAUAAAGCCUUAAAUCUUAGACUUUAGUUAAUUAUUAAGCCAAUUUGAAGAUAGGAAUUGA